UGAACUCACACGUCGACCUGACUAGCCAUUAUGCCAGUAACACUAGACACCCCGUUGUCGAUUUACUCCAUUCCUUUGGUCUGGUAUACUGCGUUCUAUCCGAUGAAUGUUAAAUUUGCCUUGAUUGACAAAACGAUCGGGUACAACAACCUGCAGCCUAGAGCCAACACGAAACGCAUCACGGAGGACGAGAAGGUCCCACGCGACGUUGCGGAGCGUGUACAGAGGCUCGAGGGUGCACAUCUGAAUGGAAACGAGAUAUUGCCAUUGUGGAUCGGAGCGGUGCUCGCCGGUAACAUGGCAGGAAUUACUAAUAAGACGCUGAACAUAGCAUCAGCUGGCUUCAUUGCUACGCGGAUGCUGUACAACUAUGUGUACAUAAAUCAGAAGACUGUAGGCGUAAGCUGGCUUAGGACCGCCUUAUUCUUCACAAGCAUCGGCUUCCCAAUGUACCUGUUUGUGAAGGCCGGAAACUUAUUGAGAAAGGCUCUUUGAAUUAUCAAUCUUAGUGUUCGUGCGGAUGUAGAGAUAGUGUUUCGAGGACACGACAAGGAAAGUAGCCGAAUCUGGCAUACGGAAUAAGAUCACCCUGUUCAGGUGCUUAAUGACAUUCUUUCUGAGCG